AUGAAAUUCGCAAUUGUUUUCGCUGCCCUCGUUGCCGUCGCCAUCGCCGCUGGUGACGUUGAAGUCUUGAAAUACGACAACGAAAACUCCGGUGUUGAUGGAUACAGCUUCGCUUUCGAAACCAGCGAUGGAACCAAGCACGAUGAAUCUGGCGUCGUUAACAACGUUGGCCAAGAAAAUGAAGCCAUCUCCGUCAAGGGAUCAUACUCCUUCGUUGCCGAUGAUGGACAAACCUACACCGUCAACUACGUUGCUGACGAAAAUGGUUUCCAACCCGAAGGUGCCCAUUUGCCCAAAUCCGAAUAA